UCCAUUCGAUAAAGGUCGAUUUCUAAAUAGUAAUACUUGCUUUAAUUCUGUCACAAUCCUGUUAACUGAUAAGAAUAUAAUAAAAACAACAAAUUAUUAUUAAAAUGCAAUCUUACUAAUUUGUAGGUUUUACUUCAAAUUAGUUUACCUACCUACUUAUUUAGUGAAAAUUGAGAAUACCUAAUAAAAUGUUUUACACAAAAUGUUUAGUGGGUUUAAUUAACACAUCGAAUACACAGCAGUUGAUAUACGGGGUACGAUGGAAAAGUACUUUAAGAAAGAUAGAUAAGUUACUAAUAGCAAAUAGGGGCGAAAUAGCAUGUCGAAUAAUGAAAACUGCCAAAAGACUUGGCGUCAGAACUGUAGCAGUAUAUAGUGAUGCAGAUGAAAAAUCCCUACAUGUUUCUUUAGCUGACGAGGCUUAUAGGAUAGGUCCAGCUGUAGCUGCGCAAAGCUAUUUAAAGGCUGAUAAAAUAUUGGAAAUAGCUAAAAUAUCAGGCAGUCAAGCUAUCCAUCCAGGAUACGGCUUCCUAUCCGAAAAUGUAGAAUUUUCGGAGAAUUGUCAAAAAGAAGGAGUUAUCUUUGUCGGUCCUCCUGCUUCAGCUAUUAGAGAUAUGGGAAUAAAAAGUACUUCAAAAGCAAUCAUGUCUUCGGCUGGAGUCCCUAUUAUUCAAGGGUACCAUGGAGAAGACCAGAGUAUCGACGUUUUAAAAAUGGAAGCCAAAAGAAUUGGUUUUCCUGUGAUGAUAAAAGCUGUUCGUGGAGGUGGCGGUAAAGGCAUGAGAAUUGCCAACACUGAAGAAGAAUUCGAAGAAGCUUUGGAGUCUGCUAGAACAGAAUCCCAAAAAGCUUUCGGUGACUCUGUAGUAUUACUGGAAAAAUUCGUAACCGAACCAAGACACGUCGAAGUCCAAGUAUUCGCCGAUACUCAUGGAAACGCAGUACAUUUGUACGAAAGAGAUUGCUCAGUGCAACGAAGACAUCAGAAAAUAAUUGAAGAAGCACCAGCGCCAGGUUUGUCUACUAAAUUGCGCAACGAACUAGGAAUGGCAGCUGUACGAGCUGCCAAAGCUGUUGGAUACGUGGGUGCUGGUACUGUUGAAUUUAUUUUGGAUAAAAAAUCUCACGAUUUUCAUUUCAUGGAAAUGAACACCAGAUUACAAGUAGAACAUCCUAUCACAGAAAUGAUUACAGGCACUGAUUUGGUAGAGUGGCAGAUAAAAAUAGCAUCUGGAGAAAAACUGCCAUUAUCACAAAACGAUAUUCCAUUAAGAGGGCAUGCUUUUGAGGCUAGAAUUUAUGCAGAAGAUCCUAGGGGAGGAUUCUUACCUGGCGCUGGUCAACUAUUACAUCUGACAACCCCUGAAGCUGCUGAAGAUACUAGAAUAGAAACAGGUGUUAGAGAAGGUGAUGAAGUAUCUGUACAUUAUGAUCCAAUGAUUGCCAAACUUGUAGUAUGGGGUAAAGAACGACAAGAGGGUCUUUCUAAACUAAAAGCUAAGCUAAGAGAAUAUAAUAUAGCUGGAUUAGAAACGAACGUUAACUUUCUAUUGGAUCUAGCUAGUCAUCCAGAGUUUGUGGCCGGAAAUGUACAUACCAAUUUCAUUAGGGACCAUUAUGAUUCGUUAUUUAGAAAAGAAGAACCCUCGAAGGUUCAAAUUUGCCAGGCAGCUUUGGCGACAGUAUUAUUGGAUAAAAUCGUGGAAGAACAGGAAGCUGCUUCUAGGAUGGAUCGAUUUAAUCCUUUCGUGGCUGAAUCGAAUUUUAGAGUAAACUAUCAGGACGAGCGAGAUGUAAAAUUGAAAUUUGGAGAAAGUGAUUUGUUGGUAAAAAUAACAUUUAAAGGAAAAAAUAACUACUCUAUUUCCCCCGAUGGAGGUAAAACUUGGAAUAAAGUAAAAGGACACAUAGUAAAAGUAAAUAAUAAAUACAUUUUGAAUUCUACAAUCGAUGAAGUAGCCUACAAAUCUAAUAUAUUUAGAAAUGAAGACUUUUUGGCAGUUUUUGACGAAAACGGAAAACUACAGUUUUCUUUACCCCAACCGUCCUACGUCACCGAUCAGGACGACGAAAAAUCAACAGCGUCGGCUAAUAAAGCUGUAGCCCCGAUGCCAGGUAUCUUAGAUAAACUUUUGGUCAAAGCUGGAGACGAAGUGAAAAAAGGAGACUCUUUGUUCAUACUUAUAGCCAUGAAGAUGGAAUACGUGGUGAAAGCAACACAAGACGCUAAAAUUUCCAAAAUUAAUUUCGUUGUUGGUGAAAAUGUUCCCAAAGAUGCUACGAUUGUACAAUUCGAAGUUGAUGAAUAA